CGGCAACAUAAGAUAUCAACACAUCACGUGAAUUAUGAACAGAUUAUCAAGAAACGACUACAAAGCUCAUUCAAGAAUGGACAAAGUUUGUUCCUCAAAAAGGGCAAGGUCUAUAUGUGGCACACAUAGAGGACACGAUUUCCGCAGACAGCCGACAAAUCGCAGAAAAGUUGAGGAUAAGACCUCACAGAAGAAAAGGCGAAGUAAGAGCGCUUUACCACCACAAAGUCGGAGGAGGUCGAUGCCACAAAAACAAAGUCAAGUUGGUCAGCGCAAAAGGCGUGCAACAGGACAUAAUAGUUCCAGAACUGAAAGAAGAAAGGACUCUGCAUUUGAGUUGAAGAUGUACCUGGAUGAAUGUUAUGACUACAUGCAACAUACAAACAGAAAUGAUGUAGACAUUCCCAAAGAUCCCGCUUCUGAACGGCAGAGUACAAAAGUUUCAGAAGAUGUUUUUUGUCUGAAAAAUCCAGAUUUUAAAAGGGACACUCGAGAAGCAGACGAAAUCCAUUGCCACUCCGCGAAACAGCAGACGUCAGGUGACCAAACUGUGAAAUCUACUAAACAUGGUAACCUAGACAUGAGUAUUACAGAUAUCUGCCCAAAGACACAAGCUACUAACACUCGGCAAAUCAGUGAGAAGUUACUCCAAGAUGAUAUAAGGAAUGAGUUGAGUUGCAAAAGGAAAACAAAGAAAGGACUUUUCACCAAUGUCUUUCGCAGGGUCCUCGCUUGUUUUGAUAUUAGAAAUGAUAGAAAAUGA